AAGAAGGCGGCGGGAGAAGAUGGCGGUUCUGGGGUAGAGUUUGCAAUCUUUCUGACUAGGCUAGUCGAGUAACUAUUCGGGUCAUGGCAUCAAACUCAACUAAGUCUUUCCUGGCAGAUGCCGGCUAUGGCGAACAGGAACUGGAUGCCAACUCUGCCCUUAUGGAGUUGGACAAAGGCCUAAGAUCUGGCAAACUUGGUGAACAGUGCGAAGCAGUUGUUCGCUUUCCCAGACUUUUUCAGAAGUAUCCAUUCCCUAUUCUUAUCAAUUCUGCAUUCCUAAAGUUAGCUGAUGUUUUCAGAGUUGGAAAUAAUUUCCUGAGGCUAUGUGUUCUUAAAGUUACCCAACAAAGUGAGAAACAUUUGGAGAAGAUUCUAAACGUGGAUGAAUUUGUGAAGAGAAUUUUUUCUGUGAUUCAUAGUAAUGAUCCCGUGGCAAGAGCCAUCACCCUCCGGAUGUUGGGAAGUCUGGCAUCAAUAAUUCCUGAGAGGAAGAAUGCUCAUCACAGUAUUCGUCAGAGUUUAGAUUCACAUGAUAAUGUAGAAGUUGAAGCUGCUGUUUUUGCUGCUGCAAACUUCUCUGCACAGUCAAAGGAUUUUGCUGUAGGAAUCUGUAACAAGAUCAGUGAAAUGAUUCAAGGUUUAGCGACACCAGUAGACUUGAAGCUAAAAUUGAUACCCAUCCUACAGCACAUGCACCAUGAUGCAAUCUUGGCUUCCAGUGCUCGUCAGCUUUUACAACAGCUGGUCACAUCCUAUCCGUCCACCAAAAUGGUGAUUGUGUCUUUGCACACUUUCACUCUACUUGCAGCUUCAUCUUUGGUUGAUACACCUAAGCAGAUUCAGCUUCUAUUGCAGUAUUUGAAGAAUGAUCCCAGGAAGGCAGUAAAGAGACUUGCUAUUCAAGAUCUGAAAUUACUUGCUAGUAAAACACCACAUACUUGGAGUAGGGAGAAUAUUCAGGCACUUUGUGAGUGUGCCCUCCAGACUCCUUAUGACAGCUUAAAACUAGGAAUGUUGUCUGUCCUUUCCACACUAUCAGGGACCAUCGCCAUCAAACAUUACUUCAGUACAGUUCCAGGAAAUGUGAGUUCUCCUCCCAGAUCUUCUGAUUUAGUCAAAUUAGCCCAAGAGUGCUGUUACCAUAAUAACAGGGGCAUUGCAGCUCAUGGAGUUAGAGUCCUAACUAAUAUAACUGUUUCUUGUCAAGAAAAAGAUCUUUUGGCACUGGAACAAGACGCUGUCUUUGGCCUGGAAUCCCUACUGGUACUUUGUAGUCAAGAUGAUAGUCCAGGUGCUCAGGCCACUUUAAAGAUUGCUCUAAACUGUAUGGUGAAGUUAGCCAAGGGCAGGCCCCAUCUUAGCCAGUCAGUGGUUGAGACCUUGUUGACUCAGUUGCACAGUGCUCAAGAUGCUGCCCGGAUUUUGAUGUGCCAUUGCCUGGCAGCCAUUGCCAUGCAACUGCCGGUGCUGGGUGAUGGGAUGCUUGGUGACCUCAUGGAACUGUACAAGGUGAUUGGACGAUCAGCCACAGACAAGCAACAAGAACUUCUGGUGAGUUUGGCUACUGUGAUUUUUGUAGCAAGUCAGAAGGCAUUAUCUGUGGAAAGUAAGGCAGUAAUUAAGCAGCAGCUUGAAAGUGUCUCCAAUGGAUGGACUGUAUACCGUAUUGCCAGACAGGCUUCCAGAAUGGGUAAUCAUGACAUGGCCAAAGAGCUUUAUCAGAGUUUGCUGACUCAGGUGGCCUCAGAACACUUCUACUUCUGGCUAAAUAGUUUGAAGGAGUUUUCACAUGCAGAACAAUGUCUCACUGGGCUGCAAGAGGAAAAUUAUAGUUCAGCACUUUCUUGCAUUGCUGAAUCUUUAAAAUUUUAUCACAAAGGGAUUGCUUCCUUAACAGCAGCUAGUACACCACUGAAUCCUUUAAGUUUUCAAUGUGAAUUUGUAAAACUCAGGAUUGACCUUCUACAAGCCUUCUCUCAACUUAUCUGUACUUGUAAUAGCCUGAAGACAAGCCCUCCACCUGCAAUUGCCACAACAAUUGCCAUGACCUUAGGAAAUGACCUUCAGAGGUGUGGUCGCAUCUCCAAUCAGAUGAAACAGUCCAUGGAAGAAUUUCGAAGCCUUGCUUCUCGAUAUGGGGAUCUUUACCAGGCAUCUUUUGAUGCUGACUCAGCAACUUUAAGGAAUGUUGAACUACAGCAGCAGAGCUGUUUACUGAUAUCUCAUGCAAUAGAAGCCCUGAUUUUGGAUCCAGAAUCAGCAAGUUUCCAGGAAUAUGGAUCUACUGGAACAGCCCAUGCUGAUAGUGAAUAUGAAAGAAGAAUGAUGUCUGUAUAUAAUCAUGUCUUGGAGGAGGUAGAAUCACUCAAUCGGAAGUAUACCCCUGUUUCUUAUAUGCAUACAGCAUGCCUCUGCAAUGCCAUCAUUGCUUUGCUGAAAGUUCCUCUUUCUUUCCAGAGAUAUUUUUUCCAGAAACUACAGUCUACCAGCAUCAAGCUUGCUCUGUCACCAUCGCCCCGGAACCCUGCAGAGCCCAUUGCUGUCCAGAAUAACCAGCAGCUGGCGCUAAAGGUAGAGGGAGUGGUUCAGCACGGAUCUAAACCAGGACUCUUUCGCAAAAUUCAGUCUGUCUGUCUGAAUGUUUCUUCCACACUGCAGAGUAAAUCCGGACAAGACUACAAGAUACCCAUUGACAACAUGACCAAUGAGAUGGAGCAAAGGGUUGAACCUCAUAAUGAUUACUUCAGUACUCAAUUUCUGUUGAACUUUGCUAUCCUUGGAACACACAACAUUACAGUGGAAUCUUCUGUGAAAGAUGCCAAUGGUAUAGUAUGGAAGACUGGUCCCAGAACUACCAUAUUUGUAAAAUCCCUGGAAGACCCUUAUUCCCAGCAAAUUCGCUUACAACAGCAGCAAGCCCAGCAGCCAUUACAGCAGCAGCAGCAGCGCAAUGCCUACACACGGUUUUAACCAUGGAAUGCAUGCACAGCAGACUUUCAAGAGAUCAAUCAAAUUGCCAGAAGCAGUUUGCUUUUUCAUAUGGAAUAUGUAUGAAAGUUAGAGUGUAAUUCAUUUAUUCAUUGAUUUUUGUAAUGGAAUAUUCUGGAAAAAUUUUGUUUUCUUAAAAAUUUUGCCUGAAAAAUAAUUGGGCUCCUGGCCAGAAGAUUGUUUUGUUUUGUCAUUACUGUUUUUUCUGUUGCCGAGCUUUUUCUUUUUCUUUCAAGAAUAGUCACAUGUUGAGAUCAUUGAAUUGAUAAAUUUGACCACUACUCUUCCAAAAUACAUCAUUUGCUGCCUGGCUUAGACCUAGGAUUCUGAGCUGUUCAUUGGGAAGUUCUGACCAGUCACUACAAGGUUUAUCCAUAGUAGCAGAACCUGAGUCCUUUUGUAGAUGGACUUGAAAGUGCUCCCUACAACAUCCAGCCUUCUGGAUUAUGAAAGCCCACAGUCUAGCAGUAUUGAAACAUCCUGCUGUAUUGUUUCAACCACAUAUCUAUCUAUCUCUUCCUGUGCUAAAGCAAUCUUAAUUUAUUAUUUUCAUAUUUAUUGAAACAAAGAGCAGCUAGCAAUUUCAUAGAAAAUUAAAGAUUAAUUUGUUUUUUUCUAAUGUGUCUGCAACUAUGUGUAAUACAGACAUUUCACAUUAUUUCCAAAAGUGAAAAAAAUCACUCAUUUAAUAUCUUUAAUGUUUUAAGUUAGAAGGGGUGGAUCUUUUCCUUUGGUUGGUGAUUGGUUUGGUUUCUACUUGAUGAGUUAUGCUAGACUUGAUUGUUUAGAGAGAGCAGUCUCUUUAUAACACAGGCUCAGUUUGUUGAGAUGCUCAGGGAACAGAGUUUUCUGGUUAGCCAGAAAACUGCUUUUUUUUCCUAUUUUAAUACUGGUUGAAAACCAUGAUAAAAUAGACUUUCUUAACACAGUAUGCUAGAUAUAACUUAACUGCUUUUUGAUUGGGGAUCAUUUAGGGCUUCAGGGUCACGAUUUCUAAACAUCAGGGAUCAUACGGUUGCAGAUAUUGAUGCUAUAAGUAAUUUGGCCGGAUACAGCUCCUAAGGUAAUGCAGGGUACUUUCCCUGGAAUUUCCUUUUUAAAUAAAUAUCUCAGUUUCUUUGCUUGUG